GGACUGAAGGAUCCACACUGGAGACUGGACACUCUCAGGAUGGACCAUGCUGGACCGCAGAGACUGAAACCUGGUGUGAGGAAGUAUGCCUGUGAACUGGAACUGGAUCCAAACACAAUGAACAGAAAACUCAAACUGUCUGACAACAACAGGAAGGUGACAUAUGUGAAGAAGGUUCAGUCAUAUCCUGAUCAUCCAGACAGAUUUGAUGACUGUCCUCAGCUGCUGUGUAGAAAUGUUCUGACUGGUCGCUGUUACUGGGAGGUCGAGUGGAGAGGAUGGAAGGGAGAGUCUCUGGUUCCUCUGUAG